AUGGCGUCCAGGCCCGCCCUCUCCCUGCUGUUAGCCGUGCUGGCCUGCACGGGGCCCGGGCGCCCCUCGCCUCCCCUGCUGCUGCGGCCCCGGGAGCGAGAGAGGGACUCGGGAGGCCUGUCGGGCGGCGUCAACAUCGCCGUGGUGCACUCCAGCUCCUCCCUGCUCCCGGACGCCGGUAGUAGCGCGGUCGGUAACGGCGGCGGCAAUGGCAACGGUGGUACCGGCAGCGGGGGAGGGUCGGCAGCGCGUGGCGGCGGUGCCAGUGGAGGCGGAGGCGGAGGCGGCGGCGUGGUGGAGGUGCGAGGCGGCGGCGGCGGCUCGGUGAUCGGCCGCGGCGCCGCCGGCAGCUGGGUGGGCACGGUCGGGGACAGCGUGGUGACGUCCUCGGGCUCGGCCAACGUCAUCUGGCUGACGGUGAACGAGAGCAGUCCCGGCAGCCUGCUGCUGCAGCUGUGCGACCUGCUGGCCACCACGCCGCUCCAGGGCCUGGUGUUCGAGGAGGACCGGCCACCGCCACCCAACCAGGCGCCGCUCGCGCCCAUGCUGGAGUUCGUCUCGGCCCAGACCGGGGUGCCCAUCGUGGCGGUCGGGGGAGGGGCUGGCCUCGGCAGGGAGCCACAGGAGUCGGGCUCCAUCUACCUGCAGUUCACCUCCUCCACGGCGCUGCAGCUGGAGGUGAUCUUCGAGGUGCUGGAGGAGUACGACUGGACGGCCUUCUCGGUGGUGUCCACCCGUUACCACGGCUAUGAGGACUUCCUGGACAUGGUGGAGGGCAUCACGGACGGCUCCUUCAUCGGCUGGGACAAGAAGAGCGUGGUGAUGCUCAACCUGACCGGCGACCCGGGGGGAGUCGUCACCAAGCGCCUGCUCAAGGAGAACGAAGCCCAGGUGCGUCUGCUGUACUGCUCCCAGGAGGAGGCCGAGCAGAUCUUCCGGGCGGCCUGGGUGGCCGGCCAGGCCACGCAGUCUCACCUGUGGUUUGCCGUGGGCCCAGCGCUCUCCGGCCUGGGCAUGGAGGGCCUCCCCAAGGCCCUGCUCACCGUGCGGCCCCAGGGCUGGAGGGACGAGCCGCGCAGACGCAUCUCCAAAGGAGUGUCGGUGCUCACGCACGGCGCCAUGGCACUGCGGCGCGAGUACGGCAGCCAGCGGUGGACAAGCUUCGCGGGAAACUGCAACACGGACGGCAACCAGACACAGCGGGUGCCGGACAGAAUCAAGUUCUUCAGUAACAUUACCCUGGGUGGUCGUGACUACUCCUUCAACAGUGAGGGAUACCUGGCCAAUCCCCUGCUGGAGGUGGUCUGGUACUCACCCGGUCGGGGCUGGGAAGAGGUGGGCGUGUGGGAGAACAACGUGUUGCGUCUGCGCUACCCGCGCUGGUCCCGCGAUGGCGUGUUCCUAAAGCCGCUGGACAACGCCCAGCACCUGCGGGUGGUCACCCUGGAGGAGAGGCCCUUCGUCAUCGUGGAGCCCGCCGACUCCGCCUCCGGAUGCAUACGAGACUCCGUGCCCUGCAGGCUGUCCUUCAACUCCAGCAUUGUGUCAGACGGCAGCACAGCCAAUAAGCACUGCUGCAAAGGCUUCUGCAUCGACGUCCUUAAGCGAUUGGCCAAAAUUGUGGGCUUCACCUAUGACCUCUUCCUGGUGACCAAUGGCAGGCACGGGAAGAACAUCAACGGCGAGUGGAAUGGCAUGGUUGGUGAGGUGGUGGCCAUGAGGGCCGACAUGGCCAUAGGCUCCCUCACCAUCAACGAGGAGAGGUCGGAGGUCGUGGAGUUCUCCGUGCCUUUCGUGGAGACGGGCAUCAGCGUCAUGGUGUCGCGUAGCAACGGCACGGUGUCGCCCUCGGCCUUCCUGGAGCCCUACAGUCCUGCAGUGUGGGUGAUGAUGUUCGUCAUGUGCCUCUCGGUUGUCGCGGUGACCGUGUUCCUGUUUGAGUUCUUCAGUCCGGUGGGCUACAACCGCAGUCUGCAGAACGGAAAAAAGGCUGGCGGCUCCAAGUUCACCAUCGGCAAGUCGGUGUGGCUGCUGUGGGCGCUGGUGUUCAACAACUCAGUGCCGGUGGAGAACCCGCGGGGCACCACCAGCAAGAUCAUGGUGCUCAUCUGGGCCUUCUUCGCUGUCAUCUUCCUGGCCAGCUACACUGCCAACCUGGCUGCCUUCAUGAUCCAGGAGGAGUACAUCGACACCGUGUCAGGGCUCAGUGACAAGAAGUUCCAGAAUCCUACUGAGCAGUACCCCCCUCUGCGCUUUGGCACCGUCCCCAACGGCAGCACGGAGGAGAAUAUCCGCAGCAACUAUCCCAACAUGCACCAGUACAUGGUCCGCAACAACCAGCGGGGCGUGGAGGAGGCCAUAGACAACCUCAAGACAGGCAAGCUGGAUGCCUUUAUUUAUGACGCGGCGGUGCUGAACUACAUGGCACGCAGGGACGACGGCUGCAAGGUGAUGACCAUCGGCUCGGGGAAGGUGUUCGCCACCACAGGCUACGGCCUGGCCCUGGCCAAGAACUCGCGCUGGAAGAGACCCCUGGACCUGGCUCUGCUGCAGCUCGUAGGAGACGACCAAAUCGACAUGCUGGAGCGUCUGUGGCUGUCGGGGAUUUGCCACAACGACAAGAUCGAGGUGAUGAGCUCCAAGCUGGACAUCGACAACAUGGCGGGCGUCUUCUACAUGCUCCUGGUGGCCAUGGGUCUCAGCCUGCUGGUCUUCGCCUGGGAGCAUCUGGUCUACUGGAAACUAAGGCACUGCUUCGGUCGCAAAGGCAGCCUAGAUUUCUUAUUAGCUUUUAGCAGGGGCAUGUACAGCUGCUGUAACUUUGAGGACGAAACGGCUCCCACAGGCUCCCAGGGCACACUUCCCCAGUACCACGUCGUCUCCACUGUAUCGCCUCCGAUCCCACCCCACGUCAUGCCCCCAGGCAUGGCCAACACAUCCAUGGCCAUGUCGACACAACAACAGCAGCAGCAGCAGCAGCAGCAGCAGCAAAAACAUCACCAGCAGCAGCAGCAGCAGCAACAGCAACAAGUGCAGCCCGUUUACAACGCCCUGCUUCCCGGAACUCCGCCGGCAACGGUGCAUUCUGGGAUGGCCCUCGGACCGUCCAACAGUCCCAUUUUGGGGGCGCCCAUCAUGCCUUGCUCCACGUUUCUCCCGCGCCAUGACCGCAGGCUGGCAGUGGUUGACCGCUGGACUCGCCCCAAGGCCGGCCCUGAGAAAGCCAUCGCGAUGAACAGUGGGAUGACAGAGCUCAUGCAGUUCCCACAAGGCAUGGUGCCACCACACUGGGCCGGCGGAGAGCGGAGCUUGGACGAGUACAAGCGCUACUACGGUCCCAUCGAUCCCGAAGGCUUAGGGGCUUCUGCGGAGCCGCAGACGGCCAUGGCCCAGACCCCGAAGGCAGUCCAGAGGGGCACGAAAGCCUCGGGAAACCCACGGCUACCUCCCAAAGUCCCACCACCCAAGCUGGCCUUGCCGUGUUCGCCACACCGGCCGGGCUCUUCUGUCUGGAGGAGAAGCAGCCUGUCGAAGAGGAAAGGCUCCACAGGAGGAGGAGGAGGAGGAGGAGGAGGGCCUCUUUACGAGAACAUCCUGCCUUUAGGGAGGAGAGGCGGAGGACGGAACGGGCUGCGGGAAGGGGGUGGGAGAAGAGGCCGUCGUCCUCCCCCUCUUCCUCUGCCAGUGCCUGUCCCCCUCUCCUCUCCCACUCAGACUCCCCCGUCUCCCUCGCCCUCAUUACUUUACACAACCUCUGCCUCCACCACCUCCAGCACAUCCUCCUCCUCUUCCUCCGAAUCCCUCUCCCGGUCCAACUCCCCAUCCUCUUCCUCCACCUAUUCCUCAUCACAGAGCUUUAGGUACAGAGGUGGCGCAGUCAGAGACCUCUAUGAGGAUUACGAUACGGACGAGCUGACGGAGGAGUCCAGCCUGCUGCUGGGUAGGAGGAAGGGCCGCUCUCGCAUGUCCUCCCGUUCGCUUCCCUGCAGCCCCCCUCCGCCUCCCGUGCCGCCCCGCAAGCCGCGCCACCUGAGGGAGAACGGCCGAGACCGCGCCGGGAGCCAACUGGCCCAGCUGCAGGAGUGGUGGGCGUCCUGGGGGGAGAAGGAGAGGGGCAGGAGGGCGGCGGAGAGGGGAGAGGACAGGGACGAGAAGCGGCAUCACAAAGAACGAGAGCACGAGAGGAAGAGGAGGAAGAAAGGCAGGAAGAAAAAGAAGAGAGAGGAGCGGGAAAGGGAGCGGGAGCGCAAACGGCGCAAGGCUAAGAAAAAGAAGAAGAAAGAGGAGAAGAGAAGAGACAGGGAAAGGCACGCCGAACCGGACGAUGUGAUCAUGGAUCGGAAAGAGGAGUAUGACAAAAGGAUGUCUCAAGACUACUCGUUCCCUGCCUUAAGGCGCAGCUCUUUGCGGAAGAAGAGCGAAAGUUCCAGCCGGAGCUACGACUGGGAUAUACCUAGAGACGACAUGAGGCGAGAACGAGACGUGGAACGCGGAGACGAAGGGGACGACGGCCGAGCAGGAGACAGACACAGGAGUCCCCCGUCGCACCAUUUGAGGCAGCGCUUAGUCCACGGAAAGCGAUACCCAUCCGCCAGCAAGCCCACCACGGCCGUGAAGUUCUGGGGGAGUGGAAACCCUACGCAAGCUCCCUCCUCCUCCUCACUUUUGCCUCUUCUCCCUCUGUCAUCCAAGCGGCGGAAAUCUGUCGCCAGUGAGAGCAGGGAGGGCAGGGAGCGGGGAGGAGGAGAGAGUCGCCCCCUACUGGGCCGGAAUGGCAGGAGUCGAGCGCGCUCACGAGAGGGGAUCUCGCUGCACGAGUGGGAUUCGGACGAGGAGGACGAGGAGGACGAAUCGGACGUGGAGAGAGGAGGAGGGAGAGGGGACGACCGAGGACGGAGGCGGGAAGGACGAGGCAUGGAGUCCGAGUCGGAGAGGAGUCGAGACCGGGAGAAAACCAUCGAGAUCUACACGGACGACGAGGGCUCGUCGGGGGAGUUCGGCAAGUUCGAGAGGUACUGGGAAGGCCACGAGGACAGAGCGGUCGGAGGCAUCGGCGGCGGAGGGUGGUUCUUUGGCACGUACCCCGCCCGUGAAAAAGGAGGCAGCAUCAACAGCCGAGAUGACUCGUUUGUGGGCUGGGGCCCAGUGGACAGCAGCUGGGGUUUCGGAAGUAGGUCACGCCAGUGGCCCCCGCCUCCCCUCACGCCCCCGCCUCCGAGAAGAUACUGGUCCGUGGACAAACUGCCGGUGAAGAGCGAGAAGAAGAGCAAGAACAGGUCCCAGGACAACAGCAGGGGCCACACGGCGUGUAGCUGUCACUCCCCGCGCCACGAGGGCAAGUCCCACUCCAAGUGGAGCAGGGUGACGUCCCGAAGCCAGGAGGACCUGCACCCCCACUGCCAGGCACACAGCAGCAGCAGCAGCACCAGACCCAAGCACCAGGCGCCUAAGUCCGACCGGUCCCAAGGACAAGCCAAAAGCGGGAGCCAGUCAAACCUCAGCGGCGUCCAGAGGCCAUCGCGGUCAGAGCGCGCCGCCCGGCAGGCCUCCCCGCCCCAGGCCAUGAUCACGCCCCUCAUGCCUCCGUCUCUGCCGGCCCUCCCCCCUCCUCCCUCCUCCUCCCACCCCAUCCACGGCCCGCCCCCGACCUCCUCGUCGUCCGUCUCGUCCCCGUCCGUGGUGUCCUCGACGCCGGGGGCGCCUCAGCCCUCCUCCUUGUCCUCGUCCAGCGCCAAGCUGCAGUACCAGAGACUGCGGUCGGUGCCGCAGCGUUUCCAAUCCCCUCACCUCCCCCUGAAGACUAAGAGCAUGUGUUCGCGACGGGGCUCCGCACACUUCUCCAGCGUGGAGAGCGAGGUCUGAUAUGAGGAGAAAAAAAUGGCAAACUGGGGGCAAAUCCUUUGACCUUGAAAGACUCUUUAAUACCACAGAC